GCGCUUCGCGGUGACGCGCACGGAGAGGAACUGGGAAGGCGGAAGAGACGACGUUGAACAAACUUGAUUUCUAGCUGACUGGCUAGAGAUACAUUUAGAUACUAUGUGCAUAGCAGAAAUUGUUUGUUGCUUUCAUACAUAUUUAUUAGCUAAUCAAACGCCCUGAUUAAAUUAAUUCACAGCUGUCUCAACUCGCCACGCGAGUCGACCCGACCAGUGGACUCCAGCAGUUUUCAAACAGACGUUGCACUUGUUCUGCCGACCCGAAGCAAUUCACCUUUACAAAGUAACAUUUAGCCUCUGUAAAAGUGUUCUAAUAUCCCGUAAAUUGAGCAAAUAAUAAAUACAUUAAGACUGCUCGCUCUGAAGGACCCGGGCUUAUUCUUGUGGGAUAAGUUGUUCGUGCUGUUGUUGGAGGAACCUAGGAGGCCUGCAGUUUGAGGAAGCUGCAUGUAUGAAGAUUGCUGCUGGCGAGUAGUGACUCACACAACGUUAUACAAACAUGUCGGCCCAGGCACAGAUGCGAGCAAUGCUGGACCAGCUCAUGGGGACGGGGAGAGACGGAGACACCAUGCGGCAGAGAAUCAAAUUCACAGAUGAUCGAGUCUGCAAAAGCCACCUCUUGGAUUCAUGUCCUCAUGACAUCCUGUCAGGAACCAGAAUGGAUCUGGGAGAGUGUGUCAAAGUCCACGACUUGGCCCUAAGAGCAGAUUACGAGAUUGCCUCUAAGGAGCAUGAGUACUUCUUUGAACUUGAUGCUGCUGAACACCUUCAGUCUUUCAUCGCUGACUGCGACCGCAGAACUGAGCUGGCCAAGAAGAGACUAGCAGAGACUCAGGAUGAGAUCAGCGCUGAAGUAGCUGCAAAGGCUGAGCGUGUCCACGAGUUAAAUGAAGAGAUCGGCAAGCUGCUGGCCAAAGCAGAGCAGCUUGGGGGUGAGGGGAAUGUUGAUGAAGCCCAGCAGAUUCUGGAGAAGGUGGAGAAGACCAGGGCCUUAAAGAAGGAAGCCGAGGAUGUGUACAGAAACUCUAUGCCUGCCUCCAGCUUUCAACAGCAAAAACUACGUGUGUGUGAGGUUUGCUCAGCCUAUUUGGGUCUCCACGACAACGAUCGUCGUCUGGCUGACCACUUUGGAGGCAAGCUUCACCUUGGUUUCAUAGAAAUCCGUGAGAAGCUUGAAAAGCUAAGGAAAGCUGUUGUAGAGAAACAAGAGCGAAUGCGCAUGAGAAGAAGAGAGGAACGUGAAAGGGAAGAUGAAAGAGAGCGACAGUGGGAGCUGGAGCGGGAAAGAGAGAGAGAGCGCGAACGGCAGAGAGAGUGGGAACGGGAAAGGGAUCGAAGGAGGUCAAGAUCUAGAAGCGGAGACCGAUACAGGGAUGGAGGCAGUUCAUCGUCCCAUCAUUCAAGACGCCACCACUCCUCUCGUUCCAGAGAAGAUGGGGCCGAUCGGGAUAGGGAGCGAGAAAGGAAGCACCGACACAAGGACAGACAUCGCUCACGCUCCCAUUCCCACAGACGCAAAAAGAAGAGAUCCUCAAGAGACAGAUCAUCUCACACCCGCGACAGAGAGGGCUCACCAUCCCAGGACAGAUGGAGAGAAGGUGCUGGGGAGGGAUGGCGUGACGAAAGAGCCGAGUAUGGACACUGGGAGGGCAGGGAGAGGUCCACUUCUCCGGACAUGGCGAAGGGCAGGGAACGAGAGAGAUCCCUGUCGUUUGAGCGGGACCGACGUUCCAGCUCGGAGGAGCGGGAGUCUGGGGAGAUAUGAACAGUUCUGUUUCUGAUUUGGAGAUAUUGAGUAAAAAGGAGCAUGGAAUGAUGAGUGUCCUGGUGCGAGUGUACAUGUUUGUCAUGGCUGUAUACAUGUGGACGGUGGAGAUGAGGGACCGGCUUCAGCUGUGGUGACUUGUCAGAUUAAGUGAAGUGAGACUCGCAUGGGAUCAGUGAAGUCGUUUUUGUGUCAUCGUGUAUACCGUAUGUACAGUAAUUUACACAGUGACAUGGAAGAAAUUAAACAGACAGCAACCCUUCUUAAGGUUUUUUUUUAUUUUUCUUACAUGAAGUGCAUUUUUUUUCCUUUUUUUUCUCCCAUAAAUCAUUUAGUUGGAUCUUAAAUCUUAAUUUGUUUCCUCUUUCAGUAAGUGUGGCGCCCCUCCUCAGUGUCACACAAGCUGACUGAAGCCACUUCUAAUGUUUUGUGGUUUAUUUGUUGCCUUCAACUAUAAUGAUUUCAUUAGGGGGAAUCUGAAACACAUUUUGUGACAUGCAGUGAUGAGCAUUUACUUUAAAAAUGACCUCACUUGUCCUAAAAAGAAGUCAUCUGAAUAUUCGCUCUUAAAACUGGACAGAUCCUACAUGUGUAUUUACACAGAUCCUUUGCUGUGAUGCAGCCCAGCUUUGUUGGGUAGAGAUGUCUACUUUGCAGUGCCACCACCCCGUGAAUAAAAUUUCUGUUUAAAUACA